AUGGCUGUAAGGUAUUCAGGUCCCCAUGGGAACGUAGCUUUUGCAAGUUGCCAGGAGAGGAAAGUGUUCCCGACCCACUAUGCUCCUAAUCGCUUGGGCAACACGAUGUCAUAUCAGCGAAACUCACAUCUUGGCCCUGGCUGCUAUGACAAUCACGAGAUUUAUACCUUCGCGCAUGAUAUACAAAAGAGACCAGAGAGUAAUAAAGGAUACGUUAUUGCUGCAAGGACUGCUGCACGAUUUAUUCCCAACACUCAGACAAUCGUACUUUCACCUCAGAAGUAUCAGCCGGAUAACACUCGGCCUAAGGUAUUCAUUCCCAACAGAACACCCUUCAACAGCACCAAUCUGAGGUUCAGGACUAAGUCUGUUGCUGCUGACUGCAAUCCAGGCCCUGGGGCAUACACUCCAGAGGUUUCUUGCAGCAAGAAAGUGUCCUGGCCUAUGAAGUUUGGUUCUCCAGACUGGGCUAGACUGUCUAAGCCAGAGAGGAGAGCACUCAGGGUGGAGCUCCCUUGUGACAAGGAGUUUCAAAAGCAGAGGACCAGAGAAGCAUACCUCAGUCUAUUUUACUCCUGA